GGCCCAAGAUGAAUUUGCAGCUCUGGCCCAGGGGAGACUCCAGAGAAUGAAGAGCCGGGAAGAACCAGAAGGCAAUCAAAAUGCCGAGCCGGAGCCUGAAGAAGAUUUGGAUGAUGAUCCUGUCCCAGGUCCUCAGAAGAAGCUGCCUCGGGUGACAAAUAAACCUGGCAUGAUGCAAACGCUUGAUGAAGCGGGAGAGAUUGUACAGGAUAUCUACAACUUCAUGCUUGAGGAGUUGAUGGACAUCGUGGCAACCGACCCCCAUGGCGCAGAGAAGAAGCUGUCAACAAAAUUGGGACAGUAUGCUGGUUCCAACCAAGUGGUGCAGAACAUCUUAGCGCUGUCGAACUUCAAGAACGGUGCUUUUGAAGGACCAGUGAGUUGGAGUUCCUUUGGAAAACAGAUCAGAGAGGCUAAUGAGACCAUCAACUCACUCAAGACUGAGGUGCGGAGGCUUCCAAACGCAAGGGGCGCUGGCAGACCAUUUGGAACAAAGAACCGGAAGAGAGCGUGUGACGCUACCACAGCCAAGGCAAGCAAAAAGCAAAGGACCAAGGCUGAAGAGAAGGGAAAGGGAGAUGAGGAUGAAGAAGCGGAGCCCAUGGAUCCAGACGAGCCAAACGAGGACGCCUCAUCCAACAAGACCGUGAACAAAUCCCAAUCGAUCAACUUGCAUACGAAGUGCAUGAUUGUCGAGUAUGCCUUGGAUGCGCAAGAGAAAGGUGAAGUUGCCUCAGUGGAGAAGCACGUAAUGGAGAAAUUCAAGAAGUAUUUCUAUUCCGUGGAGAAGAACCGCUUCAAGACCGGUUUGUUGUCAAAAUGGGUGGAGUCCUAUCACCGGGAGGAGUGGGGCAAGAUCCCGUGGGACCAUAUGACUGUGUCUGAUCGACAUUCCAUCAAGCAGGUGCCGAAUUGGGUGCGGAGGGCCAUGGGUCGCGAAGAGCGCUUUGUUUGUGGACAUGAACGACAUGUUCCGUGGGAGGUUGAGACAGCCUUGAACGAGAUCUUGGAACCCUGUUUGCAAAAAAAAUGGAUCGUUCGCUUCAUGAAGAAAUGGCAAUGGUCCUACCAAAACAGCAACACCAAGGGAGCAUUUUUGGCAACUACUUCCAUCGAGAUGGAAGAAAUGCGCAAAGCGCACCGGAUGCAGCGAGCAAUGCUGGGUGUUGACUGGCGCUUGGUUCUCAACUUUGACCAGCUAUGGAAGGGAUCCUAUGACCCAGCCAAGCGAGUCUUGCAUAAGUUGAAGCACCGCAAUGCCGUAAAGGACAACCUCAGGCCGGAUGAUGCCAGCAAGCUCAAGGCCAUCAAGGAGAUGGUCACAGCAGAGGCCUUGCAGAACAUGAGCUACCCUUCAGGGAGUCGGGCCAGCAAACUCCGCAAGGGCGUGGAAGAACUGAAUUCCUCCUAUCAUGGACAAGUGUUCGUCUUCUUCUCCGGCAAUGCGGAGUCGCACUUCAUGUCGGCUGAUACGACCUUGUCGUAUUUGAGGCAUUUGGCGCUACAGCUCCGAAGGGCAAGCCUUGGACUGGCGGCCGACGCUCCAGCGCUCCUAAUAGCAGAUGGCUUCACGGGAAACUUUGCGUUCCUCCGAAAUGAGGAUGCACAGCGCCGUCAGUUUAGCGAGGAGAACCACUGCACAUUGCCACUUAGGCCGCCGGGCGGCUGGAGUGCGACAGGACAACCGUGUGAUGCGUGGCAUCAUCAGUUCCGACGCUACGCAAAUGAGUACAUCGACAGAUGCUUAGGCUAUGUGCAGAACUCCCAGAUACAAGCAAAUCAAGCUGUUCGUCUUGGUGUCAACAGCCAAAAGGAUUUGCAGGUGUCGGUGAUGGACAAUGUGAGAUCCCUGAUUUUUGCUUGGAGCGAAAUGAAGAAGUGCAGAAGGCUGCUCCGAUGGUCUUGGGUGAGCCGGGGCCUUGUCACGGAGGAGGAGAUGCGAUCCAUGAUGGAUGAGGACGAGGCCAGGGACCCGAUUGCGCCGGACACGCCUUUUCAGAAAGAACUGAUUCCUGGUGUGCCUGAUCUUGUCCCGCCAAGCAUUCCGGACACAGUUCUGUCCGCGUGCGAGAGCAGAGAUGUUCACCUGUGGCAGCUUCAAGAUAUGGAGGACGACUCCAAGUGGGUGACCCUGCCAAUGGUGUUGCAAGACUUUGCGGAUAGGACGUUUGCAAAGUACCAGCUGGAUGUCUUUGAGGCUCGAAAGAAGUUUGAGAAGGGCAGCCUGAGCCAACAGAAGCUGAAGGCGGUUGAAGAGAAGGCAACAAUUCCAUUGGUGUUGAUGCACGGCAGUGGCCAACCA